GAAUAUUUAGACCACAGCAACUCUUAAACUAUUUCUGUUUACCUGAGAUUGCUUUUCAUCUGCAUCUGGGUUUGAUAAUUUUUUCUUCAUAAUCAAUCCAUCAAACAUGAAAGCCGCCAAAUUACUUGUUCUGUGGGGCUUAGGACUAGUAGUAUGGGCAGCUCCUGUUGUCGUUGAUUCCGGUUUGACGAAAAGAAGCGAUGCUACUAAGCUCAUAUUGAGUGAUUCUUUUUUAGGUGUAGCUGCAGUAAUUAUGCCGCGCAGCCAAGAAGCCGAUGAGGAUGUGAUUUACACAGACUACAAGAGAACGACUCAGCCAGAGGACGACGAGGAUGUGAUUUACACAGACUACAAGAGAACGACUCAGCCAGAGGACGACGAGGAUGUGAUUUACACAGACUACAAGAGAACGACUCAGCCAGAGACAGAGGACGACGAGGAUGUGAUUUAUACCGAUUAUUGAAACAUUGGCGUCGUUUAUGGCACUUGGGUCCGUUUGACCACGUACAUUCUGGGAAAGACUAUCUUUAACGCUAUAACAACUUGCACAAGCCAAUCAUAAGAUCGCAAAAUUAUUACUUCUAUAUGCAAUGUGAUAAUGGAAAUGAAUGAAUAUUGAAUAAAGUUUCCGCUACCUGUUAUGUUUCUGCGCUGCCUAUGAUCCUCGAGUGAGUAGUCGUGUAUUUGCAAUGCGUCCAACAUUGUUCUCCAUGACAGGAAAGAAGAAAGAAGACAUAACGGAACAGAACAGACAAUAUUAGAAGGUAAGAUAGAUAAAUACAUAGUUGUAAAUAAGACAAAAAGAGUUUAUCCGAAGAAGAAUACUUUGAAAUCGCACA